UGGAGACUCAUUAGAUGACCAAACUUACUGAGCCAUCUACUUCUCAUCCCUACCUUCCCAAUGAAGGCUUCUUUUGAUUAUGCUAUUUAGAAAGAGAGUACAUACAUUUCCCUUUAUUUAUGUGCCACCAUAACGUUGGAUUUAUGCUCCAUUCCUUCUCAAAGAAAUAGCACUUUACAUCUUUAUAUUUAUUUUGUUUCUAUUAGGUCUUUUGAGCAAAGUCUAACGGCAUCCCCUAACAGCUUCAAUAGUCUACCAGCAUCAGAAUUCAUCAAAUAGUCUGUGCCAUUCUCAACCACAAGAACGAACAUGACCAACCGAAACAAACUGAUAGAGAUAUAUUUUCACCUUGGCCUGGAGUAUAAGGAUAUUGUAAAUAUUCUUAUUGCAAAACACAAAAUACUUUUAAGUGAAAGAACUUUGAAGAGGACCUUACAGAGACAAGGGCUUUUUCGUCGGAAAAAUUAUACCAAUCUUCAAGAAGUGGUUGCUUUCAUAAGACGAGAACUCCAAGGGUCAGGUUCUUGUCAUGGAUACAGAUGGAUGUUUGAAAAAUGCAAAUUGAAUGGUCUAAAUGUAAGAAAAGAACACGUCAGGGUUAUCUUGUCUUUGGUCGAUCCUAUUGGAACGGAAAUGCGGCGUGCAAGAAGACUAUCAAGACGGUCCUACUUCUCAAAGGGACCAAAUUAUAUAUGGCACAUGGACUCCUAUGACAAGUUGCGUCCCUUCGGUCUGUGCAUUAAUGGAUGCAUUGACGGGUUUGCAAGAAAACUAUGCUGGCUCAAUGCGUACAGGACCAGCAGUGAUCCAAGAGUUAUCGGCGGUUACUUCGUUGAAACUGUAAAAAGUCUUCAAGGCUGUCCUAGAAUUGUAAGAGCAGACCGUGGGACAGAGAACUGCUAUGUACGGGAAUUCCAGAGAUUCUUACGGCGUAAUGGAAGUGAUGCCUUUGCAGAAGAAAGGAGUUUCAUGUACGGUUCAAGCAACCACAAUCAACGGAUCGAAAGUUUUUGGGGAUUUUUGAGGAAAGAAUGCAUUGAGUUCUGGCUAGAAUUUUUCCAUGGAAUGAAGAACGAGGGAUACUUUGAUGGCACCUUUCUUGACGUGAACCUAGUUCUCUUCUGUUUCCUCGGCCUAAUCCAGGAUGAACUUGACCGGACAGCUGAUGUGUGGAAUACGCAUAUCAUUUCCCCAUCCAAGAAUGAAAAUGUACCACACGGCCGACCAAAUGUUAUGUAUUUCGUGCCAGAAUUAUAUAACACUAAAAACUACACACAGGGGAUCACUCAAGAUGAUUUAGACGAAUGUGAGGAAGAAUGUAUCUUCCGAGGAUCGAUUCCAUGCGAUGAGGACGUCUUCCGUCUUUGCAGUUUUAUCAUGGCAAAGAGACACCUUACUUUGUCACAUGAUGCCUACAGUGGACUUGAAUUGUACCUCGUUCUGAGAGAGGUAUUGUCAGUAUUAAAUGAAUAACAUUUAUUACAAUCUUCAGAUUAGUGAAAAUACUAAAUGAACAUAAUUGGAUCUAGCAAAACAUGGGAUAAACCAACCCACCUCUGCCUUCCACGUCCUAUGUACGAUUAUGUUACUAUACCAAAACCCUGGCCCAAUUUCAUGGCUCUGUUUACCGUAAGCAACGAAUCGGCGAUUAUGGAAGCAGUGUUUAUCACAGAUUAGCACGAAAAUGUUUCUUGGGCGCGUGCGUACUUCACGUUUCACAGGCAUUCUUUGCUUAAACUAGCGCCGAAAUUCAGCAUUUUCACCGUAAGCGAAGAAUGGAGAUCACAAGCACAGAAUUCUGCGGUAAGAAAAGCCAUGAAAUUGGGCCAAGAUCUUGGAGUGUUUGACUGUGGUCUUAGAGCUGCAAACCAGCAUUCUGCCUUCUCUGUCAAAGCUUUUGACAUGAAUACUUCAAAAUAAUACACACACAACUCUUUCAAAUUAAAAGUGCAUGUGGGCUUGAAGUGCAAGCACAAAAUACAUUUAGCGCGUUUUUAUUAAAGAUCUAAUUUAGUUACGGUCAAUAUACUGUUUAAAAAGUAAGUAUAAAUCAUACACUUGUGAAUAAAGUCUAAAGUGUAUACGUUAUCGAAAAGCUGAAGAAGAGAUCGUCGUUUCAUUUCAAGCCGAUUGUCUAAAAUUAAUAAAGUAGGCCGCCAUGUGUUGUUAAGCAAGUGAUGAAUGCUCAAUAUUGAGCCACUUCGCCAAUAAUGUGCAAACUGACAACAGUUUUUAAGACGCCGUUAAAGUAUAAGAAUGACAAGUAAUAAGUUCUUGGCGAAUUGAUGUGUUCUUUUUUAUUGAAACAAACGGCAAGUAAACACUAACAAUGGAAUACAGAAAACAGAUUAACAAAAUAGUGUAAACAAUCUUUUAAAAAGUGCAUCGUGGCAAAAUGUUCAACAAAUUAAUUGCCGUGAAUGUAUGCCAUUCAGACAAGAUCAGGGCCAAAUUAUUUCAUAGAGCUGCUUAAGCAGGUAAUUUUGCUUACAAUGUGUGAUUAGCAAAAAUGAGCAGGCAUUAAGAAAUGGUGCAUGUGACAUGGUAUUUUGGCUGGUUACCUUAUUCUGGUAAGCAUAAUUUUGUUGUGCUUAGCUUCUUUUCUGCUUAAGCAGCUCUAUGAAAUUGGGCCCUGUCAGCAUGACAACUCAAUGGUAAGGCUAUAGUUUUAUUAGGACAGUUACAAAUGUAUAAUACAAACGUGUUUCUUUAUACACCGUUUAAAAGUGGCGCACAGGAUGUCUUGCUAAACAAUGUUUUUAUUUUUAUGUUUUAUUUAUAUGUAAACUUAGGAUCUGACAUUUAAAUUUGUAUCAUUAGUUAGUUUGUCAGACAGAAAAUGUGCUCGUUAUAUA